UCUCAGUCUCUGUUUCCAUACUGAAAGGUGCCGCAUCAUCCUCCUCCCUCCCAUCUCACCAUCCCAUGCUAAGCUCCUGGCUGGUUAGCAUUAGCCCAUCUUCUCUUAACCUGAUCUUGCCUUCUCUGCAGUUGGACUGUCAGUUCAUCAGAGGCACCUCCCCGGUUGGCGACUCCUCUACCAUUUAACAGAGAACAAGAAGGCAGGAAGAUGGAAUGAAGGAGAGCAAGAGUAGCAAUGUGUUCCUGUCCCUGAAGCCAGUCCAAUAACAUUUGGAAUCCUACUUGCUCUACCAUCAUGAGCGUGGCAACUCUCUCACCUGUGAGUCCUGAGCCUCCAUCCCCAAAGCUCAUGUUCAUCACAGACGUCGAGCCCUCCCUGCACCCUGCCAACGCCCCUGUGUGUCCAGAUAUGGCUCAUCAGUCUCUGAAUGGAGCCUCUUCCCUUGGCCCUAAGAGCAACCAGUCCAACCUCACCGGUGAAGAGUCUAUUACUGAUCCAGUCUUCUCCCAGAGGACAAAGAAACCUCCUCCUCUCCACACCGGAGCCGACUGGAAGGUCGUCCUCCAUCUGCCAGAGAUUGAGAAGUGGCUAAGAGCAACCAGUGACAGAGUUGCUCAACUCACACACUCUGUUGGACAAGACACUGACAACAGACAUGUGGAUGUCCACCUAGUACAACUUAAGGACAUCUGUGAGGACAUUUCUGACCAUGUGGAGCAGAUUCAUGCUUUACUGGAGACAGAGUUCUCCCUGAAGCUGCUGUCCUACUCUGUAAACAUCAUUGUAGACAUUAGGACAGUGCAGCUGCUGUGGCACCAGCUGAGAGUCUCAGUUCUGGUUCUGAAAGAGCGUCUGCUGCAGGGUCUACAGGACCCUAACGGAAAUUACACCCGGCAGACUGACAUCCUGCAGGCAUUCAGCCAGGACCAGCACCAGACACGUCUGGAUGCUCUCACAGAGGUGGACGACUGUGGUCAGCUGACGAUCCGCUGCAGCCAGGACUACUUCUCCCUGGACUGUGGCAUCACUGCUUUUGAGCUGAGCGACUACAGUCCCAGUGACCAUCCUGAGGACAGGGGGACAGAGUCCACAGUGGAGGACACCUCCCAGAAUAUCAUUCACACCACAAACUCAAAUCUUGAACUGCACAAGAGUUUACCUCAGCACUCUCUGCCCAGUGACAUAGACAACCACAGCCAUUCUACACCUGAAACACCCACAAAUCAAAGUGACAUGCCCAAAUACAGUGAAAGCUCCAAACGCCCGCUGCAGGCUGUAAGUCACAGCACUGAAUCUUCCCCCACACAGCCAUCCCUUCCUAAGAGAGCAGCCUUAUUCUCAAACAAAGGAACCAAAUCAAGAGGCAGUUUUAGGAAGGCCAGGCAGCAGUCUGAGCUGCAGCAUAAGGCUGAGCUGAGUCAGAGCACCCCCUCUCUUGUGAAUCCUCCAGACAGAUCCAAGUUCUGGCUAGAACUGGACUCGGUUGAUCUGAGAACCCUUCCACAAUCCAACGAGAGUCUUCAGAAAACAAUUGAGGACAACCUCAAAAACCACCAUGUGAGCUCAACACAUAGAAAACCUGAGGGAAGUUCUGGCGCCAAUGACAGCCUGCCCGUCUGCCGCCUGAUGUCUUUGGAUGAAAUAUCCACCCAAACAGAAAGAAGGCAGAAAAGGACAUAUGCAGUCAGUAUGGGUGACUCGGACUCCUCUCUACCAUCCCCCAUUUCAGAGCAGCUUCUGUCCUCAGACUUGGAGGCAUCUGGAGAGGAAUCUGAUGCUCAGCGGGGUGGAAGCAGGAAUGCAGGGUGGACAGUGAACCGGCAGGGGCACAAGAAGGGAUCCCAGGUUCCAUCAGAAAGGAUCCAGUCCAGAGAGCACUGGUAUGGGUCAGAUGAGUUCCUGGCUCUCCCUGCUCAGCUCCGUGAAACUGAGAUGCUGGCUGUGAAACUAGAAAGUCUGAUACAGUCCAGCACCCUGCAGAAGCAGAGAGGUCUGCAGGAUGUGGAUGACUGGGAGCUCUCAGAGCUUAACGUAGACUGGGACGCCGGAGAAAAUGGAGUCAACACGAGAAACAUAGUGGAGAGCGGGGAUUACGGUCCAUCUCCCCUGCUGUCACUGCAUCCUCAUAGACAAACCUCAGUGAGCUGCUUCAGCUCCUCCUCCAGUGAUGUUGCUCCAUCAUUGGAAGACAGCAUAGAAUCAGAGCCCUUGAGUGACCUCCAGUCAGGAGAGGAGCAGAGCAGGAGGUCUGUGGAUGGCUCCCCCCAGCUGACAGCGCCCCUGGUGGAUGGGCAUGGAUGUGCUUCACUGAUGAAAAAACUGCUGGACGACAUCCAGGAUCAGAAUGAAGGCAUCUGGGUAAAGAUGGAGUGUUUUGUGCAGAAGUUGGACGGAUUCAUCUCAUGGCUACAGGAGGCACUAGACAGCACUGAAAACUGGAUGCAGCCCAGGCAGGACUUGGACAGCCUUAGGGUUUACUUGGACACUCACCUGACCUUCAAGCUGAAUGUGGACAGUCAACAUGCGCUGAAGGAGAGCAUAUUGGCAGAAGGAAAAUCACUACUCGGCAUCAUCACCUCCCACCAGCUGGCUCUGAAGGACAUCCUCCUUAUGGUUGGAAGCCAGUGGGAUCAGCUCCAGUGGCAGAUCCGACGCCAACAUGGCUGGAUGCUUCGCGCCCUUCGUUGCAUCCAGACCCGCCUCCUCUACACCAGCCAUUCGCAGCAGCCCUGUGCAUCCAAUGGGCAGUUUCCAUGCCUUGCAGAAGACCUCAAGGUGGAGCAGAACUCAACUGAAUGCAACAUCCAGCAAGUUGCCCUUGAGACGAUGUCAGUUAGGCUGAAGGGACUCCACUACCCAUCAUCCUCCAGGAAGUACAACAGGAGCAGCAGUUUGCAGGAGUUUGAAGCAGAGUACCAGGAACUGUGGGAGUGGCUGAUGGACAUGGAUGCUAUGGUAACCGACAGCCACCAGUUGAUGAUGUCAGAAGAGCAGAGACAUCACCUCUUCAAAAGCAGCCUGGCUGAGCUGCUGAUGAUGAAGAGCCGGAAGACAAGUCUGCUCAGGCAAGCUGCCAGUCUGAAGAGGAUUGGGACUGAACUACCGAGCAACUUACACAUCAAAAUACACAACCUCACACACACAUGGCAGCAACUAGAGAAAAUUCUCUCAGAGCAUUCAGUACCAUGUUCUUCUGAGCAAAAGCUGUCAUCAAAUGCGAAUACUCUGCUGGUCUCUGGUCAGGAUGUGGCUGCUGAAAGUCCUCGCUCAGCUUUGUCCCCAAUGACUAAUUCACUGCUGGAGCAGCUGGAGGCUCGAAUCAAGGAGCUUAAGGCAUGGCUUCGAGACACAGAGCUGCUCAUCUUCAACUCCUGCCUCAGACAGGAGACUUGUGCCUUCGAGCAGCUUUCCAGUUUCAAGUCCCUGUGUUCAGAGAUCGGAAGCCGGCGCCGAGGAGUCGCUUCAGUUCUGAAACUGUGUCAGAAGCUGCUGCAGCAGAGCCAGUUGGGCCUGAUGGCUGAAGUGGGCCCAGAUGCGGAGCAGCACCGGGAGGCCCUGCAGCUGCUGUCAAUCAACCUGGAGAGGAGGUGGGAGGCGAUAGUGAUGCAGGCGCUGCAGUGGCAGAACAGACUGAAGAGAGAGCUGGGAGAGCAGCAGGUUAAUGGAAACAUUCUCGAAACUGGCCUAGUGGAUCUCCACCAGAUAAGCCCUGUGUCAGUGGCUUCAGGGACAGUGCCACCAGAGGACUCCUGGGAAUGGGAUGAAACAGAUAUGUCGGUCAUGGAAGCAGAGCGACUAGAUGUACCACAACCUGACCUUACAACCAACCUCCCCUCAGCCUUGCAAUCAAGUCUGCUGUCAAACAAUAUUUUGGCCACUGACAAUCAACCUGUUGAGAUUCAAACUGAUAUCCAAGCCACUCAGUUAAAAGAGUUCUCUAAUUUGAAGGAUGGAUCCUUGAUUGAUGUUAACUCCCAUUCCCCACCAAACAAUAACGUAUAUCAAGUCUACAGCCUCCACAGUAUUGAAUUAUGCAAGCAGCCGGUGUUUCCACUUCCUUCCACAUUAAUGCACAUAAAUAAACCUGUAAAAAACAAAGAACAUUUUUUGCUGAAGAGUAUUAGUAAAGAUUCUUCCUUGUCCUCUAUUGAAUCUCUCCCAGACCUCCUGGGAGGUUUGAUGUCAAGUAGCCAACAACGAGAAAGAAACAGUGAAUUUUGUAAUAGGGAAAGUGAGGGUGGCAGAAGGAGCGGUCAGUCGGAAAAUAGUCUACGAUCAGAUUGUGAGAGUGGGAUUGUAAGUGACAAUGGAGAUUCAGAGACAUCGUCAAACUCUGGAGUACAAGGAAAGAAAGAGGAUCAGGGGAUAGAGAGAAAGGAGAAAAGAGACCAGAGGAAAGGUGAAGUUACACAAGAACAUUAUAGUUUAGCUCUGGAAAAGAACUGCAUUGCCCCUUAUAAAAGGAGCAAGAUGCAAAUAUCUAUGAAUUUGGAAGAAUGGAGAAGGAAUGAGCUGAAAUGUGAAAUAAAAAGAAACAAGAGGGAGGAGAAGAAGAGGUGCAAACAGGAUGGGGGGGAAGCAGUGGAAUUUCUGAUAAACGGACAUGGGAUCCUGACACCGGCAAACUCCAACUCUGACAUUGAUGUGAAAGGACUUGAUGACUCUAAGAUGUUCAUAUCCCAGAGGGACAACACAGAGUGUAACCCUGACCAUUAUAAUAGUUCAGAGACUCCCCCUGUUCUCAACAGUAGGACAUCAAGUCCCGUUUUGUCUCAGAGCUCUUCUUUGGAGUCUCUUUUGGCUCUGGGUAUCGACUUAUUCCCUUCCAAAGAGCGGCUGCAUCAUAGUGUCUCUUUGGAGAGCUGCCUUAAUCCAUGCCACAGCCCCGGCAGGGAGGCAGUGGGCAGUCUCACAAGUCCUGACGAGAUGAACCCGUGCCAGGAGAAAGACCAAGAUAGAAUUAAUCUAAGAGCAAGCAUAGAUACUGAAACAGAGGCAUCUUCUGGAGAGCUAAGCCAAAGAACCCUUGAUCUCCUGAAACGUUUGGAGAACAUUCAGAAUCCUUUGGUUGGGAAGAUGACCCGAAGUGUUUCUGACAUGUCAAUUCAAAGCAGUAUCCCACAAAAGUUCCACUUCCCUGUUUCACCCUCUUUAGGUGGUCAACACACUCCACUCUCCAGGUUGUUUAGCACUUUAUGGAAAGGAGAGCCAUCACUGAUCAAUGAAAACUUAUCAAAAAUGUCACUAACAGAACUGAGUAGCACAGAGGACUCGUCUCUGGCUUCUGAGGAUUUUAUUGUGCUCAGAAACCAGCACCCUCUUUUCCUAGAUCCAAACAUAGCAACCAGUUCCAGCCCUCGUAGGAAACAUUGUCACAACGGCAACAGGGGAGGGAAAGCUGUAGAUGAGUCGGAUGCUGCUAGUUUAAGCAUGGUGGUCAACGUUUCAUGUACAUCAGCAUGCACAGAUGAAGAUGAAGAUGACAGUGAUCUGCUUUCAUCCUCCACACUGACGCUCACUGAAGAGGAACUUGGUGUUCAGGAUGAACAAGACGGAGAUGACGACAGGGUUAAUGGUUUGUCUUCUGGGAAUGAGGAAGAUGAAGAUAAUGAUGAAGAUGACAUGGAAAACUCCUACGAGUUGGGGCUUGAGUACAUGAAAAGGGAAUUACAGAGCUGGAUACGACCUCCUCGCACCUCUGUAUCCUCCUCAUUCAAAUCGGAGGCAGGCCUUCUGGAUGAACUGCAAUGUGGAAGUGCUCCACCUUCCACCUUCACAUACUCGCGUGCACAAUUAAUGGAUAGCAGUAACAAAGCUGGUAGAAACGAAAGAGAAGAUGAGACCAGACUGAAUGUGACAAGAAGCUACAUCAGCCAACUUGUCGAUGAUGUGGAGAAUGGAAACAUUGACCACAGCUGUCUACAAGGAAAAGACGAAGACAAUGAGCUACUCCAAGAAGAGUCUGGCUUGUUCACUCAGAAAAGAGACACUUUAAGGGACUUUUAUGUGAACACCAAAACAGAAGACCAAGUUGAAGAUGUUGGCAACUUGAGAGUUGAAAUGGAUUCAGUUUCAACAAGUCAUAUUUGUUCAUCACCAUCCAGUGAGCUGCAUCCCUUCUCUUCCAAGCGUACUUCCUGUUUGGUGGGAGAGCUGAGAGGGGAGCUCCCCUGCCACAGUGCCUCAUUUCCUUCACCCCCUUUGCUGUCUCCAGUCAACUGCAGAUCCCACAAUGCACUGGACAACAACUUCUCAAUUGCUGGAGGACGGAAAGCCAUCACAAUUCAAGAGAAGUUUAAGUUCUCAUCGUUGGUCACAGAAGAGACAAGGAGGGAAGUCAGAGCAAAAGAUUCAUCUCUGCCAUCCAAAAAAGGCCACAAAUCCCACGCUUCCUGCUGCAGCCCCUUCGUCCUGUCAGCCUCGCCACUCAGCGUUGACGAAAGCAAGAAGGAGAAUGUUCAUGACUUUGUAAUGGAGAUUAUUGACAUGGCCUCUGUAGCACUGAAAAGCAAAGAGAACCAGUCAGAUGGAGCAACCCAGAGGGAGAUCAGUGGGUCUGUCCCAGACCAGUCCUCCACCUCACUAGCACACAUCCGAGACAAGGUGCUUGAACACUCCCAUAGGCCUCUGCAUCUUCGGAAGGGAGAUUUCUACUCCUACCUGUCUCUCUCCUCCCAUGACAGCGACUGUGGUGAGGUCAGUCAGUGUGCGGAGGACAAGAGUUUGACCCCUGUGCCCUACACCAUCCCAUCCUAUUGCACGUCGACACCAACCCCAAACAGUCCAAGCCCUGAGCUGUUUCCCAGCAGCAAAGUGGCAAUGUCUUCCUUUCAGUCAUCUCAGUUGAGCAGACGCUCUUCCCCUAACCUGACUGCCAAGGACUACAUCGGCAGUCUGGAUUUGAAGUGUUUUGAUGGUGAACCUGGCAGCAUCUCAGAUGGAAGCCGAGUGGAGCAGCAGUCUUCUAGCCCCUCUCUGUCCGUACCCACAAGUCCUGACUUCAGGAAUGAGGAGACACUGUUUGAAGCAUGUACAGAGGAAGUUUACCUUGGGCCACCUUUGUGCUACAGCAUGGUGAUCAAAAAGAAACCUCAACCCUCGUACCAUAAACUGCGUUUGGAUACCUCAUUGGCUGGUGGCUGUGAGCUGAUUGAAAAUGGACCUUGUUUGUCCCAAGAGGGAAAAAGUUCCAAACUGGACAAUAGGCGGAAGGACCACUUUUUCUCGACACAAGGCUCUGGUUCCAGAAAUGAAACCCAGAACUUCUACCUUCCUGAACCUUGUUACAGCUUAUUUUCCUCCUCUUCGCUCUUAAGAAGCAACUUCAGUUCUUCAGGUGACAACCUUUUUUCUCCUCUACCUGUGUCGACUGAGGCAAAGGAAGAAAAGCUCGGUGAAGACCUGUACCUCUCCUCUGAUGGUGUUGUAGGAAAAGUCGCGACUGCUGUGAGUGUCAGCACGCCGCAGGAGGAGAGAAGUCGUAAUGAGGGGCCUUCUUAUCUUAAUCCCUGGGUGCGUGUCGCCCUGAUAGACUCCUUUGCCACAGAAUGUUUGGCAGAUACUAAAACGCUUGAAUCCAAUAUGGGCACCGUAAUGACCAAGAUAAGUGUCUGCAGCUCUGCUACAAAUCCCUCAAAAGAGCCAGCCACCGCCGCCACGCGUAUUAAUCCCAAAAUUAACUGCUCAGCGAUGAGAAGGCCUGAUAGGGAGGAGGGGAAGAGGAGCAAAGAGGAAGAUACUCGAUGGGCAGAGGAGGAGGAAAAGAGGAGAAAGGGCUGGAGCAUUUUGCAGCAAGAAGCAAAGUCUGCCCUGGUGAAACAGGCGGGAUUUUGGCCAGUUCUUGGUCACAGCGUUGGAGGAACACAGGAUGAAACAAACCCUCAGUGAGGACUCCUUCCCAGAUGAGAGCCGUCAGAAGAACAUCUGGGUUGGUUGAAGGAGGCAUCUGCCAUCUGAAGGAGGCAGUUGUAGGUCUCUCUGGUUUGGUGUUCUCUGAGCGUCUCCCUCUGUGCUUCUGCAGACUGCUACCUCUCGGAUCUUGUCUUCUGACUCAACUCACAUCUGGUGUCUGGAGGACUUUCACUGGAGCUGCACAGGUUGGGAUUGGCCCAGCUCACCAGCCUGAUGAAUUGGUGAAUUUAUGAUUAUGAAGCAGUUUUAAAGACUUUUCCUGAGGAUAUUUCAAAGUUCUCUGAGGUCUUGCUUGAAUGUAGAAUUUAAAUGCAUGUACACUUAGUAAAAAGGUAAGGUAAAGGACUUAUUUAAAGGUGUGACAGAUUUUUUGAAUAUUCAAGGGAAUAAGUAAAUGUUUUAGAUCAUUUAGUGUGUAAUCACCUUUUUCAGGGAGGCUCCAAGAAAAGAUAGUUCUCCAUAGGAGUACUUUGUCAGACAUUAGUCCAAAUCCAUGUUCGAUUGCUCACAUUGAAGUGGGCUAAACCUAUUGUGUCCUACAAUUUAAGAAACUGAAAUAUUUCCUAGGAAGUAUUUUCUAUUAACCUUGGUUUCAGUGAAAAAUGACAUUGUCUUUUCAAGUGUGACUGUCAACAUCUAAAAAAAAAAUCCAUAACGUUUUGGUCUUGAAAUCUUUCAUCAAUCCUACCUGUAAUGGUGAAAAUGGUGGAUUAAAGCAGGAAUCUGUGCUAUUUUGACCCUUUUCCUAAAUAUGGGCUUUGAGACAUUGAUACCAGCUGGAAUCAGAUACAUUCACCUGAUCGUUGAGUUGUUUGACCAUUUGCAAUAGCACAUUCAAACCAAAUGGAACAAAAAAGAAAAACCUAAAUGACUUUUUCCAUUCCUUUACAGAGAUAGUUGUGAAGCUGAAACACAAAGAGAAUGCAGCUUUUUAAUAUAUAUUGAAAUAGUUUCAUGUUUUUGUCCCUCACUCUCCCAUCAGGACAUGAUGCAGGAGAGGACAGCAGUGGGCUGAACAUUUUCCGAAUAUUAACCUCCUAGUUUUUCACAAUAUGCUACUUUAUAAAGACUAAGGUUCCAGUCAGUUCCAGUUUCUAAAGUUCUAGCUUCCGUGCCGUUGAUUGGUAAACUUCAGUUUCAUUGCACUGUUUAGAGUGUUGAUGUAAUCAGCUUUGGUAAAUUUCUUGAUUCCUAAAAAUUGUGCCCCAUUUACAUAGUGAGAGGUUCAAUCAAAAACUGAAAAUCUUCACACAGUUUGUAGUUCUUUAUUAAAGGUAUUAUGUUUUGCAAUGAAAAUAAGAACUGGUGUACAAGAGCUGAACUAUUCUCAGAAAACUGCAAUGAACAGUCCAGCUAAUAGGUAUUCUUCAUUUAACCAUAAGAGCUAACACUAUGGAGACCCGUGGAGAUCCAUUACCCCCCCUUUACCACAGACAUGGUGACCCAUAUUGCUACCAUAACAACUGCUAAGCAAAGGACUUCCACACAUCCAGAAUGUGACCAAUGUCUAAUCUUUCCAUCAGUAUUUUCUAUUUAGGGAAAAGGGAAAUUUGGACCAAACAAUACUUAAAAAAACCCACCAACUUGAGAUCAGCUGAAUUCACUCUCCUUCAACUACAUAACAUAGAUACUGAAAGUUACAUGCAAAAAAUGUAUAGAAUUAUGUAUGCUGCUUUAUAUGGUGCCUUGCAAAAGUAUGUACACCCCAUAAGCAUUUUCAUAUUGCUGCAUUACAACCACAAACAUGUAGGUAUUUUAUUAUUUAAUGUGAUAGAUUAAGACUUUAGUACAUAGUAAUGAAGUGGAAAGAAAAAAACAUGCAUAAUUUGGUUUGAAUUUGGAUCUUACUCUUUCUCUUACUCCUUUACUCUAAAACUCCUGAAUAAAAUUUAAUUCUAUGAAAAACAGCCCAGUUGAUAAACAGACCAGCCUUUGGUUAAAGUACAUAAAAGCAGGACAAUUCUGGAAGGAAACCUCUGAAAAGACUGAAGACAACCCUACACACAGCCAGAGAGCUGCAGUAGGCAUGUUGUCAUGGACGCAAAUAAUCGGAACAAAAUGCUGAGGAGAAUAAACAUUUAAACAAUUUAUUUUUAAAGUCAUAGUGAGGUGUCAACAAAAUGUUAAUGAACAAAACACAAUGGCAAAGUUGGGAAAAAUUGAGCUAGAGGUUGAAUACUUUAAAAUGUAAACUUUCAUAAUCUGAGAGAGAGGAACAGGAGCUGAUGGGUGAAACAUUAAAAGGAAACUUGAGUUUUAAAUGGUUUUAAUAAGGUAGUGACUGAACAGCUUCUGUGAUUUUCAGAGCAACUUUUAUCAGAUUAAUUGUUCAGAUUUGUUUUUUAUGUGUUUUUGUUAUGUAAGACAAAGUUGGAAUGAUCUUAAGUUGCAAAUAAAUUUUGUUUUUUUUUUUGUUGUUUUUUUCAGUUCUUUGCCCAAGCUAAUUUCAAAAACAGUGUUAUAUUAAUUUUGUAAAACAAAUAAAUAAAUAAACAUUUCUGGCCCAGUAUUCCAGAGUCCUACAAAACCUCUGGCUUAGAUCAAAGAUUGUCCAUGUGUUUCAAUGAACUAGUUAAAGUUCAUGCUUGAAUCUAAGUGAGAUCUGGGCAAGAAGACAGCUGUUUGCAGAUGUUUUUCAUCCAAUCUGAAUGAACAAAAUCAUCAAAAAAACUGAAAUCAGUCCAAACUGUUCUGUUCAGUUCUGUAACUAUUCUACAAAGCACACACUAAAAACUGAAUAAGCCACACUUUUCAGAUUUGUUUUUUAUUGAAAGAAGUAUUGUAAAUCUAUAAAGUUUUCCUUCCACUUCACAUAUAUGCUGUACUUAGUGUUGAUUUAUUAAAUAAAAUGUGGAUAAAGCAGAUUAAACGUUUGGAUUGUAGCCUGACAAGAUGUGAAAAAACUAAAGGGGUGUACAUACUUUAUCAAAGCACUGUAACGUUUUUAGGGGACAAUAAAAUGUAACCUGGAAACUGCAGUGAAGGCCAGACUCCAGAACAGCUUGGUCUUUCUCUAAAAUGUAAAGCAGGAAAGGAAACAUCAGAGUGCAGUGGACGCCCUCCAGCUCAUGGAUCUUUAUCUGGAAAAUAGCUCCUAAAUAUUCAAGAAAAAUCUGCCUUUUCACUGAUUAUUUUUUAGCACAUUUCUAAAAUAUUCUAAAAAAAAAAAAAGCAGUUUGAGAAGUUAAAACACCUCAGCACAGUCCUGCUCUGUGUUUCGCUUGGCACUAAUCGGACCUCCAAGAGAGGAAAUAAGGAAGACAGUAGAUGCUCUUCUGCUGCAGUGCAAACACUGGCUCCACUGAGAGCAUUAAUGCAUAUUAAGGUAUGUUUGGAAUUAGAACUAUUAAAACAGACAUUUCUAAGCAAGAAGGUUUAGUUUACUUUAGCUAAAUGGUGGCUGUGGUCACUAACAUUGCCAAUACUAGGGGCCCACUGUGUAGAUGAGAGCAGGGUCUGACAGGACAAUGAAGUCAAAUAGUGAAGUUGAACUUAUAUUCAUAGUUAGCAAUUCUUUCUUUUGUUUAUUUUUUCUUUCUUCCCUCCUUCCUUCCUUCUCUGUAUUCUACCACAAAUCUCUGAUGAGCUCAGUAAGACAUUACCCUGUAUGCCGUUCUUGAUGCUGCCGUUGUGAACACUGAUCUAUUACCUGUAUGCACUCCUUAAACUACGCACUGUAAAACCAAUGUGCUGCUUGCUUCUUACCUGUAGGUCUUUGUCUAGAUUUGUAAAGGAUUUCAGGAUUCACUUGGUAAAACUCAUGACCUAGAGUCACAGAUAUGGCCUCCUUGUCUGUUUGAGAUGUUUGACUCAGUAGACAUGUUCUCUAUGGACAUCACUUUAAGAAUAAUGGAAGACUUGAAAUAAAGUUCUGUUUCUCAUGCAGGGAAAACUUCUGACUGAAGAGAGACAGUGUAAGCACUCUUCUCCCUCCCCAUGUUCACCUUUUCAGCUCUGGUAAAACUUUACGUGAUUUAAACUGAAAUCUGUUUCACUUUAGAUUUAACACUAAUUGUAUGUUACUGACUAGGAAAUAUUUGUUCUAUCAGGACACAGACUAUAUGGAUUUUACCAGUUUGCUUGUUUUUUUUUUUAUCAUUUCAGCUGCUGACUGAGGAAUUAUGAUUUUUCAUAUGUAUAUUCUGCUGGGAUGUGAAAGUCAUUUUCUUUUUCCCUUAAAGCAUGUGGAACCAAAUAUUUUCACUCCUUGCUUACAGUAGCUUCACCAAACUACAGGGUGAAACAAUUGUCUUUUAAAUGGUGUUUUAUCUAUGCAACACAACCAAAGUUAGCGAGAGCUAAAGCAGCGUUGUGUAUGAGUAAAGGUUCACUGAUGUGCGUUGUGUUAAUACUUCUUGGAUUCUGUGACAUUUAUUAUUUGUGUUUUUGUUCUUAAGCAGCUCCUGGUAUGAUGAGCAGUGAUUGAAGUGGGACUGUUUUCGAGAGGCGUGGACGGAUGACAGGGUGUGAAGGGUUUUAGUAUACUUCUGUGCCUUGCUCUGCUGUUAAUUCUCAUACCUUUUAUUAUUUCAGAACGCCAGUCUCCCUGUUAGUGAAUAAACAACAAUCAACAGAGAAUAAAAUAAACACAAGAGGCUUGUUCAAAAUUCAGUGUACAAAGCACAGGAGGAACUCUAGUUGUAUGUGUUUUACUGUGUAUUUCAUUUGUGAUAUUGGCUUUCUUUAUUACCAAUAGGAGCUUGACUGCAUGGUUUCUGCUGACUAUAUUGUAAAACUAACUGCUGAAAAAUAAACUUUACCGGAAAUAAAA